GUUUACCAAAUGAUCGUUCAUCAGGAGUCGGGAUGAGUGGCUUGUUAAACGAACUCCAACGCAUCCUCUGUGAGGUUUGCUCGGACAAGACAGCCAGUUGCCACAAGGCCAUUCAGCAACUCGAUGAAAAACUGUCCAACUGUCGGGAUGACAUGAAUGGAGUGCUUCUGACCAAGUCUUGUGGUUUAUCAUGGACGGGUGUCUUCGAUGCCGCCAAGGAGGCACUUAUUAAGCACGCUGAAAGAUUACAGGCUGCCAACGAAAAGACCUUCAAGACUUUGGCGGGCAAAUGCUAUUUGUUUAGCAAUGUCCUUGACAAGAUUAUAAAUUACAACCUAGAGGCCGGGUUGGAGCCUUCUGGCAACGGCCACUUUCUGUCCAGGACAAGCAUUUUUAGUGCAUUUGAAGAGGGAAUCAAGAUGCGUGUGACGGUUAAGUUCUUCGGUGACACUAUUCUUAACCUGCUUGAAAGGGGUAUCUACCCUUCUGCCAGCUAUGUUAAGGAGAUGAGAAUCAACGAGUAUAGCCGCGUUCUUUCGUACCUGUUCGAGUUAAAUGUGAACGGAGAUGAGUUUCUUUGCAAUAGGGUACUGAAAUGCAUCACCAAGACUGUCAGUCUGGCCAAGGAUAGGGUCCAGCUGCAUGCCGAUCUAGCGGCGUAUCUUCCCGAGCUAAGCAGCAUUGCACUCCGUGCUCAAGGGCCAAGGAAAACUGAGAUUGUUCGUCUCUAUUCACUUUUUAUGUCGGAGCUCUCAGUGAACUACCAUUACCAGUUAGGCAUCCAUAUGCAAGAUAUUCUGCCAAAGCUGUGCGAGUUCCACAACGAGGAUGUGUAUCGCGAUGACACCAGAAAUAUUUUCUUUCAGUGUGUUAUUCUGUCUCUGAAAUCUAUGUAUCCCAAGCUUGAUCAAUGUGAUUUUAACACAUUCGGCGUGGUUGUGCAAGAAAGCUGGCCAAAAACCCUAAUGCGACUAAAAACAAUCGUUAACAUGGAAAUAAGCAAAAAUUCUCUAGUACGCUACAAAACUUUCCAGCUGAGCAAUGACAAGUUCUCACAGCUCUUUCUCAAGAUGUCUGCCUUGAUAAUGUACAUAGUCCUGUGGCACUUGGACGUCAGGAAACCUGAUGAUAGUGGCGAGGGCGAUGCGCCCAAAAAAUUGGCCAAGCCUUCAGAUAAAAUGGAAGUAAUGUUCGGACUUAUCGCCAAAACGGAGACCACAUAUAACGACGUGUGGUUUGGCAUUUUUGCAGAGCUGCUUCAGCUGAGCAGCGUGAUACUGAAUGUGGCCAACUACCAGCAGGCUUUGACCACCGUAUCGGACAUUUGUGAAAUGUACGGAAAUUCCAAAAACCUUCGAAAUGUCCGUUUAUGCAUAGAUGUUCUGCUUAAAAAGGAAGAAGAGCUUGUAAAAUCCCAAUCAAUUCAGAAAAACUUUUUGGGUGAUUUGUGGGUUCGGAUGGGAAACCAUUUAAUAUCAGAGUCUACUACCAACAACGAGGAGAUAAACGAACGACAAUUGAUAUUGCAGAUGCUCAUUAGACACAAAAAAAUGAGCCAAAAGAUGGUCACUAACCUGUUGCAAAACAUCACUUCUAAUGAGAUAAUGAAACGAAAUGAAUGCGUUGCUACUAUUCGCGAGAUAUACAUCCAUGCAGCUGAGUGUGGCCUGGAGAAAUCAUCUGCCGAUCUGGAGCCGAUUUUGGCAUGGGCUUAUAGUAGUGGGGCUCGUAACAGUGUCACACAUUUGAUACAAAAUAUAGCUAGUAUAGAUACCUUCUUGCAAGCAGAUACAUUUGCUAUUUGCAUUAUAAAUUUUCUGGACGAAAAACAGCAGAAAGAACUUACCAACCCAAAGCCUAUCGCCACGCUAGAGGAUCAAAAUACAUUGCUUUUUAAAUAUAACAAGAAAUUGGUCUUUUUGGCUAAGGAUUAUAUGGAUUCCGCUGUAAAUAAAGCUCAGACUCAAGAAGAAACGAAGAACUGCCUAUUCCAAACUAAAUACGAGUGCCUUAUGCGCAACUUAAACUUUAAUAGCGUAAACGACAACGAAUCUCAAUCUAUUAAAAAAAACUUAAACAGUCUGCACAAGUUGGUUUGCACCAUGGAAAGGCUUUUGUUUUAUAAAGUCUUUGAUGCCGAAAACUUUACUGGUUGUCCUUUGAUAAAGCGCAUUGGCUUGUUUCUCAGUCACAUCGAGUUCCACUAUAAGGCCAACGAUGCAAAGUCCAUUAAUGAAAGCGAUCUAACCGAAAUCCUCGGAUUACAAAUCGCUGUUUUGGAAGCUUUCAAAUCGAAUCCGAUUCUUUUAAACUAUUUGAAUACGCAGCCCUUGGAAAUGCUUGUGGAUUUUGUUAAAAACUCCCUUAAAUUUCAUUGCAGGCAGAGGGACAGCUCGGACCAUGAUGGAAUCACUAAUCAAUGUAUUCAGAUUUUGGGUGCUUUGUGUGCCUUCAGCUCACAUCGUGAAGAAGCUUUCGAGAAUCUUUCCAAAAUGAAUAUGCGAUGGAAGCCCCAGGACAUUCUUACCGCCACUAAGAUGCUGUUCUCCUGCGAAAGCAUUUCGAAUGAUGCUUCCUGUUGGCUGGUGGAGCAGCUGAAACAACUUUUCUUACAUCACCAUCAGGAUUUGAAUAUUAUUGACGAAGUGGUGGAAUACAUGCCCAAAAUAUUCAGUUUUAUUUCCAAAAUGGAAUUUCAGUUGGAUGACAUGUUAAUGGCCCUUAACUCCUUGCUGAGGAUUGCGCUGAAGAAGUCCUACACAUCCAAAUUAACCGCGAAAAUCGUGCGCUGCGUCGGUUUGAUUGCCCAGCGGUGUCCUGACAUAUAUGCUGUAGAUAACUUUUCUGUGAUAUGCAAGUCCACUGCCAAGUUCAUAGCCAUGCCCACCCUGGAGGUGCGGUAUGCCACACUAUUCAGCUUCAUUAUAUUGCUAAAUACUAAUUGUGUGACUAGUGAUUUUAUUGGGCACUCACAAUGUCACUUGAAAUUCUGCCAGGAGCUUUAUGACAGCAUCGAAUUAAAAAAACUGUCUUACAAUGAUGAGGAUGCAACGCAAAACGCUAAUUCUAUAGUGGUGCAAAUGCUGAUCGCUUUUAUAAUUCGGAGCUCAUUUCACCAGGAGAUUGCGCUAAAGGAACUGUUGUAUCACAUUGCCUCUAGAAAUCUUAGCGAAGGUGAAUUUUAUUUUCUCCAAAAUGUUGAACCCCGCUAUGGAAAAUCGAUCAGAGACCUUAUACAGCCCUAUACCGAUGACCUUUUGCAUCAUUGGGCCGAACAAAGUUGGCCUAUUUUAAAAUUUCCCUACUUUCUGUGUUAUGAAUCGAAAAUUGACUUCCAUAAGGCUCACAUAAACAGCAUAUUAGCUUACACAUUCAUAUAUGGAAAACCCGAGGAUGUGGAUCGUCUUAAAAAGGCUGUUGAAGAAGAGAUCGCCUAUCCACUUAUAUCAUCAUUCAUGCUGGCCAAAAACGUAAACUGUUCGGAAUCUGAAAUGGAAGACUUUAAGGACCGUUACCGGAAUUUUGAGAUUAAUCUAAAAAAUUCUCAAAUAGAAUCGUUAAAAAUGGCCCUUAAUGCAGAGACCCUCUGGAGGACUACAAACAUGCUGUAUGAUCCACAGGAACUGCAAAGGUUGCUGGGACAUUCGGCUCCUUUAAUAGAAGAGUGCAGCUGGUACCAUCUUAAGUCGAAAUCUCUAUUCAAGUGUAUAAAUUGGCAUAUUGAUCCUAAUAAUAACUCGUUGAGGGGCAGUCGAUCGCAGUCCAUGUCCAUGCUUCAAUUGAAACAUCCUCGAAUUUUGGUCGAUCUCUUCGGGCGUCUAAAGAAACAUUGUUUCAACGCCACCUUUUCCAGCCAGGCUGUGCACGAAUUCUUCCUUUAUUGUGUAAUCGCAGAUGCUGUCUACGAUGCUGCACUUGAUUCGGAAGAUGCUGAAACAGUUGUCAAGUGCUCGUACUUUGUCCGAGAUAUAUGGUUCUUUUUGGUUCGAUUUUUAAAGCACUCCAAGUCUAUCCAAGUCCAGAUAUCGGUUGUAUCUUAUUUAGAAGUGUUGCUCAGUAAACAUAUAUUUGGAUUCGAUGAAUUUACAUCUCACAUGGCUGAGAUAGCCAAGCAUCUCAUAGCUUUUGAACGUAGUUGUGAAUUCAAGGAAGUGAAGAAAAGCAUUACUGCUGUGAUUGAAAAGAUUGUGGACUACCACAAAAGUACCAUAGAUAUGCCUACUUUUCUCGAAGAAACAACUGAAUGUGAAUUUCUUCAACCUCUGCGGGAGGAAUUUGGAUGCAGCUCAUCUAUAGAUAAGUCGGACAUAAACAAAUGCCUCAAUUCAUUCCUAAAGAGCCCUACAUCGGAACGCUUGAGAGACCUAAGGGAUUAUAUUGCUGAGCAUAAAGACAAACUGCAAGCGAAUGAGAAGUUGCUUUUCGAGGUCAUCAAUCGUCUGGUCCAAAUGGCUCGAGAUACCCAAAAUAAGCAGACCACCCUAUAUGCCCUUAAGUGCCUGGCUCAAUUAGGCCCGCUAAAACUUUCAAACAUAUCAUACUAUUUUCAAACCGAGUUUGAUUCCUUUGAAGAGCCGGAGAAAGAACCAAUGGAAAGAUUUCUCAGUGCAGUUUGUGAAGCCUUGGAGCAUUACAUGUUCGACUUUGAUCCAAAAACCCAUGAUGAUAUCGUAUGUGUGGCCUAUAAUGUGGUUAACAGCAAGGCAGGAAUGAAAAUCAUUAGUAAAUAUAAAAACUUAAAAAUCUUUUUGGAUAAGUCUGCAGCAUCUAGUUAUCUGAAUUCCCACAAACAAAUUCGAUGCAUUGAUUGGUUGAAGGUUUUGAAAGCCACCCAAAAACUGGAGUAUGAGUCCUGGUUGUGCACCUUUGUCUCCCUGGCAUUUAGGGAGUGCGGUUGGAUAGGAUUUGAUGCGCUGGCAGAAAAAUCAUUCGCCUUUGCCAAGAUUUGUUUGCAGCCGUUCAUCAAGCUGCUCUUGUCCAAUAACCAGGAGCACUUGCAGAGCCUGUGCCAAAUGUUGGACUACUUUUUUGAACAUUUUGUCAGCACGGAGUUAUCGGGCUCUGUGGAGAUAUUUCAAAACAAAAGAGCUAUCAAGAGGUUCUUGUACAUCUGCGAAUGUAUACGAAAUUUUAAUAAUUGGAGCAUACCCGUCAAUCUGAGCAAUGUGGUUAGGGCCAGUAACCACUGCCAAGCCUAUUUCCUCAGCAUUAUGUAUUUGGAGUUGUGGGCCUCUUCUCCAAAUGCUUCAGAGUCCGUAGCUCUUCUUGAGGAUGAAUCAUUCCAAGCCUCUGCAAAAAAAGCCUAUGAGUCCAUUGGCUGUCUGGACGCAAUCGCUGGCAUUGUUAAUCCCAUGCGCUGCCGGCUGGACUUCCUCAGUCGCAAUAACAAUCUCUCAGCUAUCCUAAUGGAGACUGAUGAUUGGAAUUGCUCCAGUGGACAAGUUUGUGCCGAAAUUAUGAAGAGCAACGGGCUGUGGUCCUUUGCCAUGUUGCAGGAGCACCAAAAAGUAGAGCCGGAUUACGAGAUCCUUUGGCGUCUUGGGAGGUGGGACUCGCUGCACGAAACUCAGCAACAUCAAGUGAAGGCGAAGACCAAACUAAACCUAGAGCGGGAGUUCCAGCGACACCACUUUCUGGCCCUUCGGAGCAUCGGUCAGCGGGAACAAGAAAACAGUCUGUCGGCUAUUGACCUGGCCUAUCAGUGCGUUGGUAAUAUCCUGCAGGACAUCAGCGUCGAGUGUUUGCAAAGUGUUUACAAGUACCUUACAUGGCUGUGCUCGCUUCAACAGGCAGAGGACUUUUGUCAGAUUCAAUUUGGUUCCCAUUUAAAUCCAGUCAUGCUCACUAAGCUCUUUGGCAAGUGGAAUACAGAGCUAGAGCUCCUGUACGGUAACUUUAACUGCAAGGAGUAUACAAUAGCCCAUCAGAUCGCUCUGUUCAAAAUGGCUGGUACGAGGACGAAUCGUCGCCUGCUGGAGUUCUACAAACAAAAUCCCAUAGACACAUAUCUGCUGAAAGGAAUCGAGGCGUGUAAGAGUGCCGGAAAACUUAAUCUGGCACAAAAAUACAUUGGAAUGCUUAGGGAAUUACCAGAUAUCAAGGAGUCAACAAAGAUAAGCGGUCUGCUGGAGGAUGCCGAAGUGAAUGUGAAAAUGGGCCACAACCAGAUAGCCAAGGCGAUUCUACAGCACAUAAACACCAAUCAGGAAUUCACCUACUGCUUGCAAAGGAUUCCGGCUAUUCGGAUGGAGGGCGAGUUUCUAAUGGACUCCAAUGCUGACAGCCUGAGUUCCGUCCAAUGCCAGAAGUUCAACGCCGCUCUCAAGCUGAUUGAUGACUUUUUGUCUAAUCGCCAAACUCUGAGCAACAAGUAUCCGCACAUCUUCCAGUGGCAGAAUCUCGACACCUAUACGAACCACCAGCGGACGGCCACUUAUGCAACGAUGGCCAAGUAUGCGGACAGAGAAUACCAGCAGCUGUACGAGUACCGUCACUCGCAGGACUAUCAGACGCUGAUCGACAUUAUUGAACAGAACCGACUGGCGGCGUCGAAAGUGACGCAGCGGGAAAACCACGAUCGGCUGGUAAUGAGCUUGCAGAUGAAGCGCUACGCCAAUCUCGACGAGAGUCAGCUGCAACAUGUGGAAGAGAAGCUAACGCAGCACCUCUGCUCGGCAAUGAAAAACCAUAUUGCCUACUGCCGCUUGGACAGUGGCUUUUCCAGUCCUGCCAUCUAUCGCAUCAUUUCGCUGUGGUUCACCAAUGCGUCGAAUGAAAAGUUGCAGCAGUGCAUCAAAGAGGAACUUCCCACAGUGCCGUCUUACAAGUUCAUAUGCGCUGCCAACCAAUUGAUCGGGCGAUUGAAUUCUAAAAAUUCGAGCUUAAUCAAAGCAUUGGUAGAUCUUCUGGUACGCUGUGGCCAGGAUCAUCCGCAUCACAUCUUGUAUAUGUUGUACCCGCUCGUCUUUGCCAGUCUAGAUGGAGAGCACAGUAACACGGAGCGAGCUGGAAUCGCUCAACGAAUCAUAGCCAAGAUUGGCGAAAAGAAUCCUAAGGCGGCGGCUUGUAGCAAAGAGUUGGAAUCUGUGUUUCCAGCUCUUAUAACCUUUGCGAAUGAGGCCAAGACUGAGAAUAACCAGCCGGUAUCGGAUGCGACCCGACAAAAGCAGUUCGAAAGGGUGAGACGCCUUCGGCACUUAAAUAAUGUUCAUUGUCCUACUCUGGAGUUGCCUGUUUCGCCAAACAACGAAUACAAUAUAACAAGUAUUUGCAACUGGGCCAAGGAGAUUUCUCAAUGUGGAGGCCUGAAUGCUCCCGUUAAGGUCCUAUGUUUGUGCUCCGAUGGUCAGACUCGGCCGCAGCUGAUCAAGGGCAAGGAUGAUCUCCGACAGGAUGCAGUGAUGCAGCAGGUGUUUGGCAUUGUCAACCAACUCCUAAACCAGGACUCGGAAUUUAUAGAACGGAAACUGAAGUUACGCACUUACAAGGUGACGCCUUUAUCCAUGCGGAGUGGAAUUCUUGAGUGGUGCACCAACUCCAUUCCGGUGGGGGUUUACUUGGCCGGCCAGGGCAAAGGAGGUGCUCACCAUCGGUAUCGGCCCAAAGAUUGGCCGAGCAACAAAUGUCGACAAUAUUUGGCGACUCAUUUGAAGUCGUCCAAGGAGAAACGUUUUGAAAUUUAUCAGGAAAUAUGUGAUCAUAUAAAGCCCGUAUUUCAAUAUUUCCUGCUAGAAAAGUUCCCCAUACCAGGUGUAUGGUUUGAGAGGCGACUAGCUUACACCAACAGCGUGGCUACCACAUCAAUGGUGGGCUAUGUCCUGGGGCUUGGUGAUCGGCAUACCCAAAAUAUUCUUAUAGAUGAGAGAACGGCUGAAGUCAUUCAUAUUGAUUUUGGUAUUGCUUUCGAGCAGGGAAAGAUACAAACGACACCUGAAACUGUUCCUUUCCGGCUGACCCGCGACUUUGUGGCUCCCAUGGGUAUCUGUGGAACUAAAGGAGUGUUUGCCAAAUCCUGCGAGGCUACAAUGCACAUUCUUCGACGAUACAAAACAGUAUUCACCACCAUACUCGCAGUGCUUCUCUACGAUCCACUGUUUAUUUGGGGUGUGCUUAGGAAAAAACAAUCCUCCUCUCAAUCUGAAGAGGAAUCUGUAAAUCUAGUGGCACAACGAGCCCUACUGUUGGUGCAAAAUAAACUGGAGGGCCGAGAGGCCGGCACUUUGGGAGACUCCAAUGUGGAAGCACAAGUCGAGCGUUUAAUCAAUGAAGCUACGCUGCCCAGCAAUCUAUGUAUGCUAUAUCCUGGCUGGGAUCCGCAACUCUAGACCAACAACAUCACACUCGCUA